AUGAACGCAUACCUGAGUAAGGAGAGAUAUCAGCCUUCAGAUUCUCCGACUUUGAAUAUACCAACGGGUACUACCACAUCUGCCCCAACGGGCACAGUCGCACAUGAGAAAGAAGACAACGGGGGUGAUGAGCAGGAGUCGCAUUCACACACCACGCCUCCGUCUCAAUCCGAAGUCGCAAAGCCCAUGUGGAUCACCCCCAGCACCGCAGCGCUACUCUGCUUCGACUUCCUAGCCGUGACGUUUUUCGUAUGGUGCUGGGUCAUGGGCUGGUUUUCGUGGUGGAAGGGGGACCAAGGCCGUGAUCGUGGGAUGAUAGGACAGGGACGGGGGCAAGCAUAUAGGGCGAGAGAAGCAAGAGACUCAGGCACGAGUGCGCUAGUGAACCAGAACGUAGAGCGGGAAAUGAGAAGGUUGGGAAUGGUAUGA